AUGGCGGGCACAAGAGCAGCAGUGAUGAAGUUGGCGGUCGUCCUCGUGGCCAUGAGCCAGCUCGUCCACAUGGCGACCCCAGCGGCGGAUCCGACGACUGAGUCGUCUCUACUGGUCACGAGCGUUUCCGGCACUUCCGACGGGGAAGUCGAUCCUAAACCCAGCCACAUCAGGGAAGAGAAGGUGUUGCUCUAUGCGCCCAAGCCCAGCAUCCCUGUCCCUCCACCCCCUCCCCACCUCGUCCUACCGUGCAAGGGAAGAGCGUGUUGACCUCACGGCCGGGAACGAUCAAAGUCAAGUGCAGCUGGAGCUCCAAGUGACCAAAACAAAAACAACAAAAGUCCCUAGCUUCCUCUGUAUUGCAUUCAAUGUUGAC